GAGUAAAUGACGUCAUCAUUUGUGUGGCGAACUUCUCACGGUAACUGUAACAUCUUCUUCUCACAUGAACAUCUCCAGCUUCGUCUCACUAACUACAAUGACGUCCUCUGCACUGCUGCUGUUGCUGUUUCUUCAGUUUGGACUUGGACAAACUUCUCACAAGCAUCUUCAUGAAGAUCAUUACAUUGGCCAGCAGCACAACCCUGAACACGACCUGAAUGUCCUGCUGGGAGAGCAGGACACGGAGGAGAUCAAGAAACUUAGCCCCGGUGAACAGAGGCAAAAGAUGAAUGAAAUUGUAAAGAAGAUCGACACAAAUGGCAACAAUCUGCUGAGUGCAGAGGAGAUUACCCUGUGGAUUCAGCACGUUUACAGAAGAUAUGCUCUGGAAGAUGCAGAGGAGCGUUUCCCCGAGUUUGACACUGACAAAGAUGGUGCUGUAACAUGGGCGGAGUACAACACGGUUGCUCACGACCAGCUCAUCAGUUUAGAUGACAGCACCAUUCUGGAGGAUCCAGAGCAAGAGUCUCUGAGACACCUCCACCUGAAGGAGAGGAGGCGCUUUGACUUUGCUGAUGUGGACGGCAGACCCGGCCUUAAUGUAACAGAGUUUCUUGCCUUCACACACCCGUCUGAAGUGGAUCACAUGGCUGACUUUGCCAUUGAAGAUGUGUUGAGUGAAUAUGACACGGAUAAAGAUGGAUACAUCAAUCUAAGGGAAUUUAUUGGAGAUGUCCGUGGUGAUGAGAAUCCCCCUUCGCAGUGGGAGAUUGAGGAAACUGUGCGGUUUAAAGAUCUCUACGAUCAAGACAAGGACGGCAGGUUGAAUCGAGAGGAGCAGCUCCGGUGGGUUGCGCCCAACAGCUACGGUUCAGCGAGAGAAGAGGCUCUUCACCUCAUCAAGGAAAUGGACAGCGACGAAGACGGGCAGAUCUCACAGGCGGAAGUUUUGAAAAAUCAAGAGACAUUCAUGAACAGUGAAGUGACAGACUAUGGCAGACAGCUGCAUGUAUCCCACGAUGAAUUAUAACUACUGUUUCUAAGCUUGUUGUAGAGUUUUAUCAUUUGACUCCACAUAGGUGUGGUCUUAUUUUAUUUCCUGCAGUUGCUCGUUUACAUAAGUCAUCGGAUUCACUCUCUGGAGGGAGAUGUCCACAUCUGACCUUGAUCACUGCAUUAGCAAUGAACAGGAAACAUCUAUUGCAAAAUACCCAGAGUGGUGUGCAGGACCUCACAUGCACAGUGACACAAAAUAUGAACUUCCCAAAUUGUGUGGGUGCAGAGAUGUUGUAUUAUACAGCACAGCAGGGGUUCUCAAGUGUUUCGAGUAGUGACCCACCGGUAGUAUCAGACUGGUGUGUUUCUCUGCAUUGUAGUCUGCUUUAAUUCUUUACUUCUUCAAUCUCAAGCCAAGACCUUUUUGUCUUCUCACUUUAAGAGUAGAUAAGUAAGGAACAUUUUGCAUUCUGUGAUAUAUAAAUAUAUAUAUAUAUAUGUUGUUUUUCUCUUCAGCUGAGCAAUCAGGCAGAACACAACAUCUGGCGGCUCACGGGGUCGUUCAUCAAAAUGCAUAAAGCCAGUUUCACAAAAUAAAAGUUAAGUUUGUUGAGUGAAGUAAAACAUUUGUGUCCGAGCUUUAACUCCUGCCCGACAGACUUUGAGUCUCACAGACACACUCAGUAACAGCCAUUCUAAAGCAGCUCCCAUUUCUGGUUCAUGCAAUUUAAUAUAAAAACGUUUCCCCAUCUAAAAUAUGCCAUUUUAUCUUGAAUAUAUUAUAAUACUUUUAUUUAACAACCAUCUGACGGCCCCAGAAGUUAUCCUGCACAACCGUGGCCGUCGUUACCCCUAGGUUGAGAAUCCGUCAUACAGUACAACCUCUUUUUUGAGGAAACCUAAUUAAAUUACACACAUUAUUAACGUUCAAACCAACACUUCUGUAAAUUGUCAUGAAAGAAAUUGGAGUUUGUUUUUAGAAGUGUAUUUGAAGAAGUGUUGCUAUGGAUCGUUGUUCUUUGUCCCCUUGAUAAAACUGAAAUGACAUGAGGAUCAGCAUGGCACGUUACAGCUCUUCCUCAUUUAAAAUCAAAUGAGUUAGUGAGAGUGUGUUGCUGUUUUAACGCUGGCUUCCUGAAUGUGUCAUGAUCUGUUUCACUUGCACCGAGCCGCAGUAGCAGCAGCAGCAGCAGUAGAAGCAGCAGCGUGUUCCCCUGCUGGGUUUAGUAGAGUGACUAAAAGCUGAGUGGAUUCUGCAGCAGGGACUGUUUAUCCUCCACUGCCAAGAUGACUUUAGAAUUUAAAGAUGCCUUCUGGGUGAGUUAGUGUGAUUCUACGAAUAGCUACACUUUGAGUUAUGUUUUUAGUCGAUCAUGAGUUUUUGACUAAGGUGUGAAAUCAGCUUUGUGUUCCGAAUGUUUGCCAGCAUUCAGGUAUACCUUUUCAUUCUAUUGUAUCUAAACAUUUCAUUUGGUGUGGCUAGGAUAUUCACUAAAUGAUAUCCCUGGUUGAUUAUCUGUACCACCAGUCAUAUAAACACUUGGUCCUGUCUUUAAACUUUUAAUCUUUGCUUUUUUCCUUUUGCUCACUGAUUAAAUAUCUUUUUAUUCACUGA